AUGGAUUGCGCGCACUGGAGCGCUUUGGAGUUGCUGGGUGUAAUGGGAGGUCCGGGUACCGCUAAUGGUGUUUCUGCGGUGACCUGCAGGCAGAGGGGAGGCCAAGUUUGUGGGGAGGUGCAUUUGAACUUCUUACUGUUUCUCCAUCGGCUAGCAGAAGAAGCUAGGACAAAUGCUUUUGAGAACAAAAGUAAAAUUAUUAAACCAGAGCACACUAUAGCUGCAGCAAAGGUUAUUUUAAAGAAAAGCAGAGGCUAG